GCCUCCGUGUGAGGGAAAACGCGCGCUGGCCUGCGGCCGUGGUGCCUCCCGGACUUGGCGGCGGGCAGGCGAGAUGGCGGUGGAGGUGUUGCCGAGUGCGAAGUGGCUGUACUGUGGGGAGCCCGACGAGAGCCAGAGAGCUGUACUGGUCCAGUUCUCCAAUGGGAAGCUGCAGAAUCCAGGCAACAUGCGCUUUACCUUGUACAAGAGCAACGACUCCACAAACCCCAGGAAGAGGAGUCAGCGGAUCCUGGCAGCUGAAACAGACAGACUUUCCUAUGUGGGAAACAAUUUUGGGACUGGAGCCCUCAAAUGCAACACUCUGUGCAGGCACUUUGUGGGAAUUUUGAAUAAGACCUCUGGCCAAAUGGAAGUGUAUGAUGCUGAAUUGUUCAACAUGCAGCCACUGUUUUCAGAUGAAUCAAUUGAGAGUGAAGUGACAUUAGAGAGUCAGACCAAAACUUUUAGAGAAAAGAUGGAUUCUUGCAUUGAAGCUUUUGGUACCACCAAACAGAAGCGGGCUCUGAACUCCAGGAGAAUGAACAGAGUUGGCAAUGAAUCUUUGAAUCGUGCAGUAGCUAAAGCCGCAGAGAAUAUUAUUGAUACAAAGGGUGUGACUGCUCUGGUCACUGAUGCCAUCCACAAUGACUUGCAAGAUGACUCCCUCUACCUUCCUCCCUGCCACACCGAUGCAGCCAAGCCUGAAGACGUGUAUAAAUUUGAAGACCUUCUUUCUCCUGUGGAGUAUGAAGCUCUUCAGAGCCCAUCUGAAGCUUUCAGGAAUGUCACGUCAGAAGAAAUACUGAAGAUGAUAGAAGAGAACAGUCACUGCUCCUUUGUCAUAGAAGCGCUGAAGUCCUUGCCAUCAAAUGAGGAGAGCCGAGACCGCCAGGCCCGAUGCGUAUGGUUUCUGGACACCCUCAUCAAAUUUCGAGCACAGAAAGUGAUUAAGCGGAAAAGUGCCCUGGGACCUGGAGUUCCACACGUCAUCAACACCAAACUGCUGAAGCACUUUACCUGCUUGACCUACAAUAACGGCAGUUUACGGAACUUAAUUUCGGAUUCUAUGAAGGCAAAGAUAACCGCGUAUGUGAUCAUACUUGCCUUGCACAUAAACAACUUCCAGAUUGACCUGACGAUGUUACAGAGGGACUUAAAGCUCAGUGAGAAAAGGAUGAUCGAGAUAGCGAAAGCCAUGAGGCUGAAGGUCUCCAAAAGAAGAGUAUCUGUGGCAGCCGGCAGGGAGGAGGAUCACAAACUGGGCACCCUGUCCAUCCCGCUGCCUCCAGCCCAGACCUUGGACCGCCAGUCAAAACGGAGGAGAAUCACCUAGAGGUGACAUGUGGAUAUGGCAACAACUGUGAGAUGCCCAGUGAUGAAAGCUACGAAAAAUGUGUUCAUGGAUCUAAAGACCCUUCGCAGACUGUCACGUCGUCCACACCAGGGACUUGACUGAUGACCUUCACACAGCCCUCGGGGCAGGCAGGACGGCAAUCCAACCCCUGACUGACACAGGACACAGACCUUGGAACCCGGAAUCGUCAUGGGAACAAGCUGAAUGGACAGAUGGCCCUGGGGUUCUCCUAUCUCCUUCAGUGGAAUCGGUGCCUUGGGAAGGCAGAGCAGUGACAGGCCUGCAUCCACUCGGGCAGGAACUCGAGCAUAUACCCAGACCAAGGAAAGUCUCCCCAAAAGUGCCUCUUUUAAAAUAGAGAACUUUAUUUUAGUUGCUGAGAUUUUUAUAAGCACUUGGUUCACAGAAAAGUCAUUUCUUACAAAAUAAUAAAGGCAGCGUUUUGUACAGCGACUCACA